GGGUGAUGGAACUGAGCCGGUUUGGGCAUAUGCGGGGAAAUGAGGAGCUGUGCCAGGGAAAGGAGUGGGUGCCUGAGCCAGUUCUGUUUGAGGCAAGCGGAGCAUUACUGGACCGAGCGGGUUCGGGUGGAGGUGUGGAGUCUGUUCUUGAUCCAUGGAGGCGGGACAGGAGCUGGGCUGUGGGCCGGGACUGAUGCUCUGCAGUGGUGCCCACAGGUGCUGGCAGAGAAGCGAAGCCUGGGCAGCAGGGAUGGGCCCCCGCACCUCGUGGUUGUGGUGCAGCUGCACAGCAGGGCUGCAGCCCAGGACACCCUCCGGCUGCUGCAGAGCCAGGACUCGGCCGUGGUCCGUGUGGAUGAGGGGAGAGCUGGUGGCUUUGCCCUCCUCUGCCCCCGAUUCAAGCAGCGCUGGCGCUUUGUCACAGCACAGGCAGGGGACCUUCACGCUGUCUUAGACCUUGCCAAGGUCGCUGACUCCCUCCUGUUCAUCCUGGACCCUGUGGAUGGCUGGGACAGUGCAGGGGAGCACUGCCUGUCCUGCCUCUUCGCACAGGGGCUCCCCAGUUAUGCUCUUGCUGUCCCAGGGGGCUCCGACUUGCCCCCUAAGAAGCGGAUAGAUGCCAGGAAGAAGCUUGCCAAAGCCACUGAGAAGCGCUUUCCCGAGGCCAAGCUGUUCCCCCUGAACACGGAGCAGGAAUCCUCGCUGCUGCUGAGGCACCUCAGCACCCAGAAGCAGCGUCACCUCGCGUUCCGGGACCGGCGCGCUCACCUGCUCGCCUACGCUGCUGAGUUUGUGCCUGGUCAGGAGAGCGACCUGGUUGGGACCCUGAAGGUGUCUGGCUUUGUCCGGGGACAGACCCUCGAUGUGAACAGCCUGGUGCACAUUGUGGGGCAUGGAGACUUCCAGGUCAGCCAGGUGGAUGCUCCCCCUGACCCCCUCUCUUUGAACCCCCGAGUGGUUAAAGGACAGAAGAGGAGUCAGGACAUGGAGAUACAGGAGGACCCUGUAAAUGGUACUGAUGAGAUGGAGGAGGAUGUUAAGGUCCUGAUGAAGGCAGAUCCAAGCAAGCAGGAGUCUUUGCAGUCAGAAGUGGUUCCCGAUCCAAUGGAAGGGGAGCAGACGUGGCCUACUGAAGAAGAACUGCAAGAAGCAGAGGAUUCUCUGAAGGCAAACAGGAGGGUGGUGAAGGUCCCCAAAGGCACAUCCAAGUACCAGGCUGCCUGGAUUGUGGAUGAUGGAGAAGAAGGCAGUGAGAAAGAUGAUGAUGAAGAUGAUGACAUCGAUGAUGAUCUGAUGGAAGAGGCAGUUUCCCAGGAGGGGGAAAGCAGCGAGGAGGAGCCUGGAGAGGAGGAGAGCGAGACCAUGACCGUUUCCGAGUGCUUGCGGGAUGACCAGUACGACGAGAAGAUGGAGGAAGAGAUGCUGGAGAGAUACAAACAGCAGAGAAUGGAUGAAAUGUUUCCAGAUGAGGUGGAUACACCACGUGAUGUACCUGCCAGAGUCAGGUUCCAGAAGUACAGGGGGUUGAAAAGCUUCCGGACUUCCCCAUGGGACCCCAAAGAGAACCUUCCAAGGGAUUAUGCCAGGAUUUUCCAGUUCCAGGACUUCUCCCGAACCAGAAAGCACCUCUUCCGUCAAAUAGAGAAAGAGGAGACUGAAGGAGCCUUGGUGGGCUGGUACAUUACACUUCAUGUCUGCAAUGUCCCUGUCUCGGUGAUGGAGAGCUUCAAGGAAGGGAAACCCCUAGUCCUGUUCUCCCUACUUCCCCACGAACAAAAGAUGUCUGUGUUGAAUUUCCUGGUGCAUCGGCAUCCAAGCAACACCGAGCCGGUGAGAGCCAAGGAGGAGCUGAUCUUCCACUGUGGGUUCAGACGCUUCCGAGCAUCCCCUCUGUUCUCCCAGCACACCUCAGCUGAUAAGCACAAGCUGGAGCGUUUCCUGCGCCCGGAUGCUGCCCUGGUGGUGACUGUUUAUGCUCCCAUCACUUUCCCUCCUGCCUCAGUGCUGCUUUUUAAACAGAGAAGUAAUGGAAUGCACGACCUCAUUGCCACGGGCUCUCUGCUCUCCGUGGACCCCGACAGAAUCGUCAUCAAGCGGCUGGUGCUCAGUGGCCACCCCUUCAAGAUCUUCACCAAGACGGCUGUCGUGCGGUACAUGUUCUUUAACAGAGAGGAUGUGAUGUGGUUUAAGCCGGUGGAGCUGAGGACAAAGUGGGGACGUAGGGGACACAUCAAGGAGCCAUUAGGGACCCAUGGCCACAUGAAGUGCCACUUUGAUGGACAGCUCAAGUCUCAGGACACGGUGCUGCUGAACCUCUACAAGCGCGUUUUUCCUAAAUGGACUUAUGACCCCCAUGUUCCGGACUCUGUGCCGUGGGUGAGGAGUGAGAGUGCGCUGCCAGAGCAGGAGGUGGAAAUGGAAUGAGUCUCCAGCAUAGCUGGAGUUUGUGCCUUGGCUCCCUGGAUGCUGUUCUUGCCUGUGCACAGUGAGGACAGCACUGAUGCCUUGGACGUGUUACUGCUGGGGUCUGUAACAGGGGCAGCUGUCUCGCCAGCUGCUGCUCAGGUACCAGCUAUAGCUAUUUAUUUUAAUGGAAAAUGUCAAAAA